GGAGAAGAGAGACUUUUGAUUCCUUUCCUCCGCGGGGUCAAUCAGGAUUCUCGUCGACAAGUGCGGACUUAUUUGACAUUUCACUGUUACAUUUUGUUAUCUGUAACAGGCACUGUCUGGGAAUAGAUCUAAACCAUGGCUACGAACAGUAUAAAGCUGUUGACCGGGAACAGUCACCCAGAGCUUGCAAAGCUCGUCGCGGAUAGACUAGGAAUUGAGUUGACCAAAAUUCUGGUCCUUCAAUACUCGAAUCAAGAAACGAGUGUGACGAUAGGUGAAAGUGUUCGCGACGAAGAUGUAUUUAUUCUACAAUCGACGAAGCCGAACGAUAUAAAUGACGGACUCAUGGAACUCUUGAUCAUGAUCAAUGCCUGCAAGACAGCAUCAGCCAGACGAAUCACCGCUGUUAUCCCUAACUUCUUUUAUGCGCGACAGGAUAAGAAGGAUAAGAGUCGAGCACCGAUUACUGCUCGAUUGAUGGCUACCAUGUUACAGACUGCUGGAGCCAAUCACAUUAUCACCAUGGACCUUCAUGCCAGUCAAAUUCAAGGAUUCUUCACUGUCCCUGUUGACAAUCUCUAUGCUGAACCCAGCAUGUUGAAAUGGAUACGCGAGCAUUUGGGUGUUGAGAAUUGUGUUAUUGUUAGCCCUGAUGCUGGUGGUGCUAAGAGAGCUACUGCUAUCGCGGACCGCCUCGACCUCCAAUUCGCCCUCAUCCACAAAGAGCGCGCUCGCCCCAACGAAGUCUCCCGAAUGGUUCUCGUCGGUAACGUCAGGGAUAAAAUCGCCAUCAUCGUCGACGACAUGGCAGAUACAUGCGGCACUCUAGUCAAGGCGGCCGACACCAUUAUGGAGCACGGCGCAAAGGAAGUUAAUGCCAUCGUGACUCAUGCCAUUCUUUCCGGAAACGCUAUUAGCAAUCUGAACAAUAGCUGCUUGCGUCGUUUGGUUGUCACGAAUACAGUGCCUCAUGCCGAGAAGAAGGAGGCCUGCGAUAAGAUUGAGACGAUAGAUAUCAGUGCUACUUUAGCGGAGGCUUGUCGGAGAACACAUAACGGCGAGUCUGUCAGUUUUCUGUUCUCGCAUGCCGUUGAGUAAGAAGAUAUGGGUAUUUGUUUUUAGUUUGCUGCAUUUCGAAAGGAUGGCUUUUUCUGUUGUAUGUUUGAAAUGAUAAAUGAAUGUUUUUGCUUUCAGUGCAACUUUUUCCCUAUUCAUUUUGUUUUGUGCUUUCUGUUUUUGAUCCAUGAAAUACCUCGAUUCAAAAUCUCAAAUUACUUGCUCGAAGCAUUGAAGCUUCACAACAUUUGAAAUCUGUAUUGUACCUGACAGUUUGGUCUUUUGAGGCAAUCUUCAAUGCCACCCAUUUAUAUUU